AUGAGUGUGAUAGGUAAUCACUGGGAUGGGUUGAAGGAGCUUCUUAGCUCAAUCGAGGGGAUAAGGAAUUGUGUAAAAUAUAUUCACUCAUCCUCAUCAAGGUUAGAUUCUUUUAGGGACCAUGCCUUGAAGAUGAGGAUGGAUGGGAUAGCAAAUGUGCCAAUGGAUGUGGUGACAAGGUGGAAUUCAACUUAUAAAAUGCUUGAUUGUGCUUUCAAGUACAAGAUAGUGUUCAAUAAGAUGGCGGCAGAAAAUGUAGCUUUUCAAGCUUACUUUGAGGAGAUAGAUAAGGAUGGGAUGAAGAGAGUGGGUCCUCCGAGUAAUGAAGAUUGGGAGAAGUCAAUCUCAUUUUUACAAGUUGAGAUUGAACUCAAAAUGAGUGAUCCUAGAGAUCCGGUCUUGCAAAGGGUGGCUUCAUCAAUGAAGAAGAAGUUUGACAAGUAUUUGGGGAGUUUUGAAAGUGUGAACAAGUUGAUUUUUGUAGCAUUAGUGUUAGACCCAAGAUUUAAACUUCAAAUGCUUAAGAUAAGCUUCCAAAAUCUCAAUGCCAAAGAAAACAAGAUAGAUGAGGUUGUGCGUGAAGUGAGAACAUACUUGUUCAAUUUGUAUAAUGAGCAUAGAGGGGCGGAUGGCUUAAUGAGCCAACAAAUGAAUGAAGGCAAAGAUGAGAAUGUUGGAAAUGAUCUUGAAGGCUAUGAUGAUGUUCAAACCAAAAUGUUUCAUCAACUUGUGCAACAAAGGAAGGAGGAACAACUUGUGGAAAUAUCCAAUGAAGUGGAUAAAUACUUGACCGACCCUUUUGAAAGCCCUUUUACUGAGGUUUUCAAACUCUUGAAUUGGUGA